AUGGUUUUGGUGAAGAUGGUUAUGGUGAAGAUGGUUUUGGUGAAGAUGGUUAUGGUGAAGAUGGUUAUGGUGAAGAUGGUUAUGGUGAAGAUGGUUAUGGUGAAGAUGGUUAUGGUGAAGAUGGUUAUGGUGAAGAUGGUUAUGGUGAAGAUGGUUUUG